AUGCACAGCGAUAAACCGGCAGAGAAGGAGAAAUCAACGGAGAAGGAGAAGCCAGUGGAAAAAGGAAAGGCUUACACAAUGUUCAAGAAAAAGUUCGCCACUCUCAGAAGUCAUAGCAGUCGUGGCAGCGCUUCCAUCACAUCAUUCAGCGUCACUGGGCUCAAUGAAGCACCCACCAGUCGGCAAAACUCCACAGCUCGUACAUCGAUCGAUAAAGACAUCGCGUCCACGCAUCAUCUGACACCACAGGCACAGAUAAAACUUAUGAAUAGCAAGAGCUCUUCCAAUGUCCGCCCAGGUGUCUCUCCCAACAGGCAUGCACAGGAAUCUAAGCUGCACAAAUCAGCGCACCUGCUCUUCGUGGAUAGUAACGAACAACCAGUGCGGCGGAAGUCGAUGCCGCAUGUUGUGAGUACGCAAACAAACAAGCAACUGGGCUAUGGCAAGGUGGAAUCGUACCAGAAGCUGGAGAAAUUAGGAGAAGGAACAUAUGCGCAAGUCUACCGGGGUGUCAGCACCAUCACCGGUGAACAAUGCGCUCUCAAAGAAAUAAAUUUAGAUGCAGAAGAGGGGGCUCCCUGUACUGCUAUUCGCGAAGCCUCGCUACUACGAGAGCUGAAACACGUCAAUAUUGUGAUUCUGCACGAUAUUGUCCAUACGCACACGAGUAUGACAUUCGUGUUCGAAUACUUAAAUAUGGAUCUGAAAGACUACAUAGACAGAGCAGCGCCAUACGUGGCGCUGACCAAUGUGCGACUGCUGUUUUACCAACUUUUACGAGCGCUGGAAUGCUGCGCAAGGAAGCGGAUUUUGCACCGAGACAUAAAGCCUCAAAAUAUACUUCUGAAUGAAAUUGGCGAGUUAAAAUUAGCAGACUUCGGGCUGGCCAGAGCCAAAGGGGUGCCGAUCAAGUCAUUCUCGCACGAGGUGGUAACACUGUGGUAUAGACCCCUAGAUAUCUUACUUGGUUCCGUCGACUACAACUCGUCGCUCGACAUAUGGUCAGCAGGCUGCAUAUUAGCCGAACUAGUAACAGGUACCCCACUGUUCCCGGGAAAGGACCACGACUCCCAACUCACUACAGUUUUCUCCAAGCUGGGGACGCCGUCGCCUGAUACGUGGCCAGAAUUGGAAAAUCUACCCUUGUACAGUAAAAUCUGGACUAUGUAUGCACCGAAGCCGUUCACGUAUUUGGUGCCCCGAUUAGAAUCUGAGGGAAUCAGACUAUUGAGUGAAAUGGUGGUCUAUGAGCCAGCAAAGCGAAUAUCGGCCAAGGAGGCAAUGCGACACGAAUAUUUCGAAGACUUGCCGUGUGAGAUACAUGCAUUAAGAGACGAUCAAAGUGUGUUCUCUGUACCAGGAGUACGUAUGUUUCCAUAA